CGCCCGGUUCGGGCAGCCGCUGCUCUUCCCUGCUCCGCCCGCCUCCCGCCGCCGCCUCCUCCUCCUCCUUUCCCCCUUGGCGCUGCUCUUCUCCUCCUCCUCCUUCUCCUCCUUCUCUUCUUCCUCCUCUUUGGGAGUGAAGCGGCCGCCUCGCCGCCCCAUGGAGGCCCGCCCCGGAGAGAGCCCCCCCGCCAAGCGGCCCCGAGGCUCAGUGGCUAUGAAGAAGACACAUACAUCCCAAAUAGAGGUGAUCCCAUGCAAGAUCUGUGGAGACAAGUCGUCUGGGAUCCACUAUGGGGUGAUCACUUGUGAAGGGUGCAAGGGCUUCUUCCGGCGGAGCCAGCAAGGGAACGUGACAUACUCUUGUACCCGGCAGCAGAACUGCCAAAUCGACCGUACCAGUCGCAACAGGUGCCAGCACUGCCGUUUGCAGAAAUGCCUCAGCCUCGGCAUGUCCCGGGACGCCGUCAAAUUUGGCCGGAUGUCCAAGAAGCAACGGGACAGCCUCCAUGCCGAAGUUCAGAAGCAACUACAGCAACAGCAACAAGGAGGAGAGGCUUCCUCCUACUCCUUGGGGGUGGCCAACGGUCAACUCAAGUUGGCCCCUUCGCCGGACCUCUUGGAGUCCUCCUCCUGCUCCGCGGCUCUCCUCAAUGGCCAGGCCCGCCUCGGCCAGUCGCCGGAUGAGGCGGCCACCUUGGCCUACUCCAACGGACUGACCAAAGCUCAGGGUCUCCUCGGGGAAGACCUCCGGACCCCCUUCACCAAGGGAUACAGCCCCGAACGUAUCAAGAUGGAGGGCAGGGGGAGUGCCUACUACGCGCUGGAGGUCCAGACGUCGCCCGAGGUCUUGAACCCAGAGGUCACUGGGAUGAAACGGACAGUGGGGAGUGACGUGGGGGACGGAAACCUCGACUUCUACACCACCCCGAACUUCACCAGCUUGUUGGAGUCGCCCAAUUCGUCCCUGAUGGAGAUCGAGCAGCUCACGCAAAACGUCCUCAAAUCCUAUCGGGAGACCUGCCAGCUACACUUGGAGGAACUCCAUCUCCGGAGAUGGCAGACCUUCACCAGGGAAGAAGUUGGGAGCUACCAGAAAAAGCCCAUGGAGGAGAUGUGGGAGCGCUGCGCCUGCCGCGUCACAGAAGCCAUCCAGUACGUUGUCGAGUUUGCCAAGCGCAUGGCUGGCUUCAUGGAUCUGUGCCAAAACGACCAGAUUGUGCUGCUCAAAGCAGGUGCCAUGGAAGUGGUUCUGGUGAGGAUGUGCCGUGCCUUCAAUUCUGAGAACCGGACCGUCUACUUUGAAGGGAAAUAUGCCGGACCGGAACUCUUCAAAUCCCUUGGAUGCAACGAACUCAUCAACUCCAUCUUUGACUUUGCCCACAGUCUGUGUUCCCUUCACUUCUCUGAGAAUGAGAUCGCCCUCUUCACGGCAUUAGUACUUAUUAAUUCAAAUCGUCCCUGGUUGCAGGAGAAAAGCAAAGUGGAACGGCUGCAGAACAACUUGGAACUGGCCUUCAAGCACAUGUUACGGAAGAACCACCGAGAAGGCAUCUUGGCUAAGCUGCCUCCAAAAGGAAAACUCCGAAAUCUCUGCUAUCAGCACGUGGAGAAGCUACGCUCCUUCCGUCAGAUGUUCCCCAUCAUCGUCCAUGCUGUUUUCCCACCAUUGUACAAAGAGCUCUUCAGCUCAGACUGUGACCCACUGCCAGGAACAGCUGGGGAAUAAUCCCCCUGACAACAAAGAAGGACACCUCGAUGAGGUGAGGAAGGCGGCAUCCAGACGUCUCCUCCUCAGUUUUUUCAUGCCUUUUUCUGGGGACCACCCCGGAGUGGGAAGGCUGGAGAACAUCAAGGUUGGUGAAUAUCAGAGUUGGAGAAUAUCAAGGUUUGGAAAAUAUAAAAGUUAGAGAACAUCAAUUUUGGAGACAAUCAAUGCUGGAGAACACCAGAGUUAGAGAAUAUCAAUUUUGAAGGACAUCAAUGCUGGAGAACAUCAAAGUUGGAGAACAUCAAGGCUGGAGAACAUCAAAGUUGGAGAACAUCAAGGUUGGGGAAUAUCAAGGCUGGAGAACAUCAAGGUUGGGGAA